AUGCGUGUGAGCAGAACACAGGGCCUCCUACUGGUGGCUGGCAUCUUGACUUACUUGCUGAUGGGUGCCCUCAUCUUUGAGCUUCUGGAGAAGGAUCACUACUUAAAAAUGGAAGAUGCAAUGUUUCAACUGAAAGAGGAUUUUUUUUUGAACUACACCUCUCUCAGCCAAGAAGAGGUGGAAUUAGUCAUACAGGUAAGGCAUUACUUCAGCAAGACUGAAAGGGAUGACCAUGGCAUGACACCAAAGGUUAAGAGGUCAGAAACAUUGGGCUGGCCACUGGGGGAAGAACGUGCUGGACUGAUCCACAAGAACGUCCCUUGUGAAUGCAUAGAGAUUUGGUUAGCAGUAUCUGGUGAUAAUCAGAGGAGGGGCUAUUCUUAUUGUUGGAAUAUUCAAACUGAGCCUUGCCUUCAAUUGCAGAGACUGGUAAAAUAUGCUCAGAAGGGAGUAGAACCUAUAGGAAGACAUGAUGAUGAAGGAAGGGCCGGCUGGGAUUUCAGUACUUCUUUCUUCUUCAUGGCCACAGUGUUAACCACAAUAGGCUACGGAAACCUCUGUCCCCAAACGAAAGAAGGUCAGCUCUUUUGUAUUAUUUUUGCUCUCUUUGGAAUCCCCUUCAACCUCCUCUGCUUUAACUAUAUUGGCACUUCAAUCUCAAGAUUCUUCGAAAGCUGUACAGAGAAAGUGUAUGGGAAAGGAAGGAAGAAAUCAGCAAGAUACAUUUUCGUGUUCGUGGUUCUGGGAAUUCUAAUGUUUCUUAUUUUGCCAGCAUUCUUCUUUCAAUGGAUGGAGGGCUGGGCUUAUUAUGAAGCUAUCUAUUUUACAUUUGUUACACUCAGCACCAUUGGUUUUGGAGACUAUAUAAUAGGGAUUAAGCAGGACAGGACGUAUUUUCCGGGCUACCGGAUGCUCGGAGCCGCUUGGAUCGUCGUUGGUCUGGCCUGGAUAGCUGUGUUGUUUCAACGGGUAUCUUCAUUCCUGGCACCUGUGGAUCCAAAACCAAGCUCACCUAAAAAGAGUAAACGGUGAAGAUAACACCACCCCAAAGGAGUCAGUCUGCUACAUGUCCACUGGAGAAGAAUUUAUCAUUGCAUUCUGGUGGAGACAGACAUAAAAAUCAGCUAAACUCAAGAACUUCUGCUGAGCUUUUUAUAAUUGUAUGGCAGUGUGACAUUUAACUGAUUCCUUAAAAACACACUAGCUGCUCUUUAAGUUAUGCAGUUCCUAAUAAACUGUGAAAUAGCCGGGUAUUCUGCAGCCAAGAGCGGGAGGGUCGGUCUUACUCGGACUGUGUGCAGAGGAGAGCAACCAAGAUGAUCAAGGGUCUGGAAACCAAGCCUUAUGACGAGUGGUUGAAGGAGCUAGGUAUUUUAAUUCUGGAAAAGAGGGGACUGGGGGAGAUAUGAAAGCCAUCUUCAAAUAUCUCAAGGGCUGCCACAUGGAAGAGGGAGCAUGCUUGCUUUCACCUGCUCUGGAGGGGAGGACUCAAACCAUAGCUGUCAACCUUCCUUUAUUUGGAGGGAAACUUCCUUAUUCCAGCGCCGCUUCCUGCUGCUACCCCGGAUUGUUGAUAUCGCGUAAAUUUCCCGGAUUUCAAAGGAAGCAGCUCCUCUCCCUCCCUGCCGGCCAGGGAGGCUCCUCAGCUGCGUUGCUCGGCUGUGUUGCUCACCACUAAGCAGUCUGAGAACCACUGGGGGGUGGAGCUUGCAUGCCUUGUGCUGAUCAA